AUGAGUCGUCAUAAUGGGGUCGUCACAAGUGUUAAAUUUUCCCCCGAUGGUAGAUUUUUAGCAUCUGGGUCAGAUGAUAAGAUUGUAUUAAUCUGGGAGAAGGAUGAAGAACAAGCGAACCGCCCAAAACAAUUUGGUGAAGCAGAAGCUGACUUAGAACAUUGGACUGUUAGAAAAAGGUUAGUCGCCCACGAUAAUGAUGUUCAAGAUAUAUGUUGGUCGCCUGAUGGAUCUUUGUUAGUUACUGUAGGUCUAGAUAGACUGAUCAUCAUCUGGAAUGGUCUUACAUUUGAAAGAAUUAAGAGGUACGAUAUUCAUCAAUCAAUGGUCAAGGGUAUAGUGUUCGAUCCAGCAAACAAAUUUUUUGCUACUGCAUCAGACGAUAGGUCUGUUAGAAUAUUCAGAUAUUAUAGGAAAUUGAGUGAACUGUCAAUUAAUAACUACGAAUUCCAAAUGGAGCACAUUGUUAUAGACCCAUUCAAGAAAUCACCUUUGACCUCAUACUUCCGAAGGAUGUCAUGGUCGCCGGACGGUCAGCACAUUGCUGUACCUAAUGCAACUAAUGGACCUGUUACAUCUGUUGCCAUAAUCAAUAGAACUAACUGGGGUACAGAUAUAUCAUUAAUAGGACAUGAGGCCCCUUGCGAAGUAUGUUCCUUUUCACCUAGGCUAUUUGAGUAUGAUAAAGACAAUGAUUCACAGAAGAAUAAAAAUGGAAUGGGAAAUUUCACUACUAUAUUGGCAACUGCUGGGCAAGACCAGAAUCUUGUAAUUUGGACUACGAGACAAAGUAAACCUUUAGUAGUAGCUCACGACAUAGUUUCAGGCUCUAUAACAGAUAUAUGUUGGGCCCCAGAUGGUCAAACCUUAUAUUUCAGUUGUUUGGAUGGAUCAAUUACUUGUGUUUCAUUUGAUGAUAAUGAAUUGGGAAAAGUUGUUAGUGAAAAUAUGAAUGAUUUGCAAUUGCACAGAUAUGGUGCUGAUAGAGAGUCCGCUACAUUCCCCGAAAGUGUUGAACAAUUAGUUUUAGAGGAAAAAUCUGAAGCUACAGAGUAUCAAGAAAGUAAGAAAAUAGCCAUUGCAAAGCCGCCAACAACGAUUUUGAAAUCAAGACCAGAGGAAGUAAGACCCAAAGAAUUAAGUCCUAAACUUAAUAAUUUGACACCAAAGCAAGUAAACAAAUUGACUCAAAGUAUUACUAUUACAAAAAAUGGGAAGAAAAGAGUCGCUCCGUUAUUGGUAUCUUCCUCGUCCAAAAGCUCAGUACCGGUAUUAGGUACAAGUGGAAAGGUCACUAAGAAAUUCCAGAUUGGAUCGAAAUUAUCGCAGACAUCAUAUUUCUUACCUAGAUUGGGGGUUCUGACAUCAGUACAAGGGUUAAAACUGAAAAAUUUAGUACAUGAAUUUAAUCACUCAAAUGAAGCCAAUAAUGAUGACCAAGAUAAUGAUAAUGAAGAUAUGGGUAUUGACUCAACUAAAGCCAACGAUAAUAGUAAAGACGUCUCGAGCCAAAGUGUUUCAGAAGCUACAUUAAGGAGACAAAGGAAUAAGAUAAAACGUGCGAUAUUAGAAACAAGAUACCCAAGUUGUUUCCAAUUAAUUUCAACUUUACCGGACAACUUAUUCAAUAACCAAGCAGUAUUGAACAGUAAAGUAAACCAAAUUUUAAAUAAUAAUUUCAACAGUACCAAGGAGAAUAAUAAUGAAAUAAUAAGUGGUAGUUCAAUUGAUGCAAUUGAUGAAGAUUUAUUAUUCUCUGUUAUAGUCAACGGGAUUCAAUCGAUCGAAGAUCCUAAAGACACGAUAAUUAAUGAUACGCAGGCUUCAUCGAUUACAUCCGUUGUGGAAGUUCGUAAUGGGCCAUCCUGGAAAGACAUUGAAGAUGAUUUAACAGAUUUUGAAUAUGGAAAUAGAAUAGAUUUCCAGGAUCCAACAAGUGUAAUAGUUUCCAAUAAUCAAAAUCAUGCUAAAAGAAGCUAUACAUUAUUCUUCCCAUAUAAAAUACAGCAUGUAUUACCCAUAAUCAAGGAUAAAAUACUUAUAUUUUAUGUAUUCGCUUCAUUUAACGGAACAAUACAAAUAGUUCUGGCUAAGACAGGAAAGCUUGUUAGUCCUGGAAUGGAAGUAGGAAGCAAUGUUGUAUUGUUAAAGCAGGGAGGCGAUUAUCUCAUGUGCAUCACAAAUCAGGGACUAAUCUAUGUCUGGAAAUUACCUAAUUUACCUACCCAAAGAUUUUUUACAGGUAUUGUUAGAGGAAUAGCUUUGGCACCCAUUUUGAAUAGUAAUGUUGAAGUUCCAACCAUAGAUCAGAAAAAUGUGAACAAAAGACACGCAAAUAUACCUCAAUUGGUGAUACCUAAUGUGAGAAAGCUCGAUAUUGAUCCUCAAAAUGGGUCUCCAUUGGUUAUGUUGGAAGAUAACAAUGAUGUAUAUAAAUUCUCAUUGGAUUUAAUGGUCUGGAUAAAAGUAGUAGACCCUUGGUAUUUCCUUGCUCUAGCUGAGGCACUGGUUUCUUCGUUUAAGGCAGGAAAUUGCGUUGAUUCAUUAUUACAUAAAAGUUACAAGUCUUUCGGAGAAGACGUCAAAAGAUCCAAGAUCGGGUUGUAUAUAUUCAACAAUACGGAAGAAGCUAAUGAACUACAGAAAGUUAUGGAGGCAAGGUUCAAACAAAGUAUAGAACUUGCAGGACAAAUAGCAUAA